AUUCUCAUUUCUAAUUUUUUAAAUAGUAAAAUUCUGGAAUUGUCUUGAUUCUAUGAUAAGCUACAACAUGAGCAGAUAAAUAUUUAUUUUUCAAUAUUAAAAUGAAAUAAUCUAUUAUAAUAUAUUGAACAUCAUAUCAAACUCUUUAAAUAUUGACCUUAUUCAGUAUGUAGACGCGGAACAGUUUGGAAAGCCCUUGACCCGGACCAUCAGCGCCACUAAAAGGCACACAACCUCCCGUUUAACACCAUAAAAGCUGCAGAAACUAAAAGAAAGCUGCGGCUUCUUUAAGACAUCCGAGCAAAACAACUGCCCUACAGAGGAGGAGGGAGGGAUGGUGGGAGGGGGGAGAGUGAGGGAGGCGAGGUUUGGCUGGAUGACCGAAUGGCAGCUUUUACGCAGAGGGUUGUCUCACCUGCUGAAACGCACUCCACCAUUCAGCACAACAGAGCCAUCUUUCGCUCUCACCUCCAAUUAAUAUCCACGCCUGCGAGGUCAGCGCUUCGUUCUCGCCUCCUUUUGGGUUUGUUUUGUUUUGUCUGUGGCUUUAUUUUGACGCGACGUGCCCGGCUAUCCUACCAUGCCCUCUCCGUAGCCUAUGGAUCGUCUCUGCCAGAGUAGGCGAACAAAGCGCAUCCAGCCUCUCCAGAGAACUGCCUCCUCCAAAAACAUCUCGGAUUUCUGUGUGUAAGUACUCAGGAUAACCACCUUCGGUUGUUUUUCUUGUUGUCAGCCUGCCCUGUGUGUAGUUCACUGGGAAAGAACACGCUGUUAAAGAUGGAUACUCUUUUUCUCAGCCCGAUGGAGAGGCUUUUAAUUUAGGGAACACCCGAUCCCAAUGCUGGACAAAAAUAAUGGCAACAUUUUGGAAAGCGCUGGACAUGUUAUUGGUUUCCUGGGAGUAGAAAAGGCCUGUGUCGAUGCUUGAAACCCCAAAACAGCCCAAAUCUGCAGCACACAUACAAACAUUUCAUCUCCCAAGGCGUGAAUCACCAUAUGACAAAAAUACAUCCGAGCACUGAUAAAAUAUACACAGAGAUGGAGCACACCGGGAUCGAGGAGGUGAACCAGACGCACCAGCAGCAGCAUGAGCCCAUCAGCUUCGGGAUCGAUCAGAUCCUCAACAGCUCGGACCAGUCCAGCGGCUGCAUGCUGCCCAACCGGACCGGCGACCCGGAUUACGCGCUGGCCCCCAACGUCUACAGCAACGGGUACAACAGCGUCUACAACCCUGCCUGCUCCAUGGCGGCGGGUCUGGCCGGCUCCUACAACGUCAACAUGAACAUGAACGUCAGCAUGAACAUGAACAUGAACGUUAACGUGAACUCGGGCGGCGCCGGAGGAGUGAUCCGGGUGCCGGCGCACAGACCCAUGCCGCCGCCUCCGCCGCCGCCCGCCGCCGCCGCGCCGCAUCCGCCCCCUUCAACGCAUCCGGCGUGCAUCGGACCCGGCAUCGCCUCGGUACCCGGGAUGGGGAUGGGGAAUGCGGCAAACUUCACCUUCCCGUGGAUGGAGAGCAGUAGGAGGUUUGCCAAGGACAAACUAACAGGGGAGCAGGCAGAGGAGAGCCGAGCCGGAGAGGCCACAGGGGGGCCGGGGCCCACCGGGUCCCUCUGUCCUCUCCCCAAGGGAGACAUCGGCAGGGUCCCUGUCUGGAGCACGGUGGAGACAUUAGCCAAAUGCUAUUAUCCCGAGCUCGCUCACCUGCGAGACGGCAAUGGCCUUCUAGCAGACUAUCCUUUUCCAAAGGGGGCUUGCCCAGCAGCCCUCUCUCCCUUCUCUGUGACCCGUCGCAUCGGCCACCCUUACCAGAACCGGACGCCGCCCAAGAGGAAAAAGCCCCGCACCUCGUUCAGCCGGGUGCAGAUCUGUGAGCUGGAGAAACGUUUUCAUCGACAGAAAUACCUGGCGUCAGCCGAGCGUGCCACCUUGGCCAAAGCCCUGAAGAUGACAGACGCACAAGUCAAGACCUGGUUUCAGAACAGACGGACAAAAUGGCGGAGACAGACUGCAGAGGAGAGAGAGGCCGAGAGGCAGCAGGCCAACCGGCUGAUGCUGCAGCUUCAGCAGGAAGCUUUCCAGAAGACGUUGAGCCAGCCUCUGCAGCCAGACCCACUCUGCCUGCACAACUCGUCCCUCUACGCCCUGCAGAACCUGCAGCCCUGGGCAGACGACAAUAAGGUGACCUCCGUCACCUCCGUGGCAUCUGUAGUGUGA